AUUGCAACCAAACUGACACUUAAUUGCGCUAAUUGAGCAAGACCUUCAGGAGUUGGAUAUUGCGAUGCCGGCUACUAUAGCCCUCAUCGGGCUUGCGACUGAACUUCCACUAACCGCAUUGCUGUUAUUUAUCAAAGCUACACACUGACUGCUUUCUAUUUGUUUUUUAACUUUUUGAGAAACCGUAGCGCUGUGAUUUCGAAGCCGGGAAAAGUCACACAUGGACGAGGGCUUAGCGAGCGCGCUGGCGCAAAAGAAAAAGGACAAAAGCAUUACCUGGCAGCCUUACUUGACAAUCGAAGCAAAGACAGACAUCCAAGGACUUUGGGACCGCUUGGAUGUCGACCGGAAAGGCUACAUCACGGAGCGCGAACUUCACGCGGCACUCAAUGAAGCUGCUGGAAAGACAGUCAGCAAUGAGACGGUCCGCGCGCUGGCCGCCCGCAUGGACGCCACCAACCGCCACGGCCGCCGCAUCAGCCACAACGACUACACCGAGUACAUGGCGGGCAAGCUGCUGGUGGACGAGCCGUACGACGAUCUCAUGCGCUCGGAGCAGGGACCCCUCAUGCGGGAGGUGGGCUGCAAGGUGUACGAGCUGCUGAAGACGUUCAAGCGGAAGCAGAUGCUGCGGGAUGCCAUGGCGGGCACGGAGGGCAUCAAGCGGCUCCUGCAGCUGACCCAUGUCCCCAUCCAACGCCGCACUCGCCGCAAGGGGCAGCCGGGCUCAGGCCCCGAGGGCACAGCAGGCGGCUCCGCCCGCAGGUCCGCCACCUCAUCCCGCAACACCGAAACCAACACCAACACCGCCGCCACCGCCGCCACCUCACGCACGACAUCCAAGCGCCGGCUGAUGACCGCCCCCAGCAGCAGUAACGCCAGCACCAGCGGCAAGACGGGUGCUGCCAGCACCGCUGCCUCAGCCAGCGGACGCAGCGGCUCAAUGACCCGUGGGUCAGUCGCCGCCAGUGCUGGCGCCGGCGCUGGCGCAGCCGGCGCCGCCUUAAGCAGGUCGCUAUCCCGCAGCCCCAGCACUCGCAGGGGUCUGUCUCCCUCCGCUUCGGCUUCCGCCUCCGCUUCCCAGGCGCCAUCUCUCUGGAAUUCCGAAAUCGCUGCCGCGGCUCUCGGCGGCGGCGGCGGUGGCGGCGGCUUCCCGGGCGACUCCUUUUCCUCCGCACGCGGCUGGCCCGCCAGCAACCCCUCCCCGGGCACCUCCUUUCGCUUGAGGUCCUCCCUGUCUCGCUCCCGCAGCCUCGGCCGCAGUGUCAGCAUGGAUCGGAGCUUCGGGCUGGGCAUGAUGCUGGGGGCGGGGGAGGACGGCUGGGACGACGGCAUUGGCUCGGCGCUGUGGCCGGGCGAGGAGGCAGCGGAACGAGGGAUGUUCCGACCCGCGGGUCCGUCGCCGCCUGCAUCCUCCAGCACUGUUGGCGGAGGUGGAGGUGGUAAUGGCGUUGGUACGGCAGCGACGGCGGGAGGCUCGCCGCCGGCUGUGGCAGCGGUUCCCAUGCGUCCUGGGGAGGUGCAGGUGACGGCUCAGGUGGCGGGUCGGAACCACACCUUUGUCGUACGUCGAGCGGAUAACCACCCUAACAGCAGCGGCUGUGCGGGCGGCGGCGCAGCGGCAGGGACUCCGGCAGUGGCAGCAACCAGCCGAGGCGCAUCACCUCAGCCAGCCGUGGGCCGCGAUUCCCAGCCGCCGCUGACGCACCAAUUGGGCCCUCAAGAUCAGGGCGCUCCGGAUGAUCCGGAGUUGAUGUUACUGCGGGGGCUGGAGGAGGGAGAUGGGUGGCAUGGCGCUGCACGGGUAACGGCGAUCCGCAACCCAGCAGCCAGCAGCACUGCAGGCAAGACGACGCGGGGUGCUGCUGCUGCUGCUGUGGUAGCAUCCGCGGCGGGGGUGUCAGGCAUGGGGACAGCGCUACCUCGGGUGUCAAACGGCGUCAGCAUGGGGCAUGGCGCGGCCGCGAGGGUGUUGGGAGGAAGGGCGCCUGCGCAUGGGGCAGGCAGCGGUGUUGUUGGAGGCGGCGCGCACCCCCAACAACACCCGCACCCGCACCCGCAGCACGCGGUGGAGGGUAGGGCGCGGCGGAGCGAUGUGAGCCCGCGGAGUAGCAGGGAGGGUGGGUCACGUGCGGCCCCUGUGGCGCCAAAGUACAUGCAGGGCGCCGGGGCGGCGCAUCCGGUGCAGCUGGAGGUGGCAGACUCUCUGGAGUCGGACCCCAUCCUCGCCAUCCUGCCCGACUGGGUCCGAGAGCGCAUCGGCCUGCCGCCCGCUCCGCCCAGGACAGCAGCAGCCUCAGCAGCCUCAGCCCCAGUAGCUGAGGGAGCGACGGCUCCUGCCGCCCAGCCUGCCCUCCAGCACCAGUACCAGUAUCACCAACACCAAGCGGGGAGUGUCGCAACCGGCGGUGUGACGUUUGAAUCCCAGCCGGGUGAGCAGCUGGAGGCAGAUUCUGAAGGCUUCGCCGCAGAGGGAGAGCAGCAGGAGGACCAGGAGGGUGCAGGGCGGGAUCUGGCCCGGCAGGUGUCGCCGUCUAGGCGUGGGCAGGGAGGCGAGGGGGCGGCGGGUGCUGACGGCGUUUCUAGGCCGCGCCUGGGGUUGCUCCGUAGCUACAGUGCGCGCUUGCGCUUCCAACCAUUUGGAGGAGACACCGCAGCAGUGGUGGCGGAGGCGGCGGAGGAGGAGAGCGACGUAGCCGCGUUGGCGGCUGCGGCUGCCGGCGACCUGCGGUUGCAGUUACCGCGAUCGCCUGUCGCCAGGCGCGCUGUGCAAUUGAAAAUCAAACGGACAGGCAGCGGCGGAAGCAACAGAACCGGAGACGGUGCUGCUACGCCCCCAGGGUCCGAGCGCCCCAAGAGCGCUACGCAGCCCACUUCAGCAGUGGCGGCAACGCCACGUGGCAAGUCAUCACGCAGGCCCGCCUCAGCCUCCGCCGCAUCCAGCGAAGGUGGGGGCGGCGGAGGCGCCUCCGCCGGCGCGCCGCCGCCGUACAAAGCCCCCCACGGCACGGCGUGGUACGGCGUGGAUCCAGAGAUGUGGUUCCCGGUUGACGGAGGCGGCGGUGUCGUACCAGAGCUGACGGAGGCGACGACGACAGCGGGGGCGGGGGCGCCGGCGGGCGGUGAAGAGGCGUUGCGGGGCCGACUGGAUUCGCUGUCGGCUUGGGAGGAGGCGGUGCUGCUGCAGCGCUCCAGCGUGGGGCAUGGAUCCAUUCCAGGAGUGGUGAAUGACGAUGAGGAGGAGGCGGAGGUGGACGAGGAGGUGAGCCACAUCGCGGCGCGGCUGUACGGCACCACUAGCCCCGUGUACGGCAGCAGAGCAGGAACCGGGACGGGGUCAGGAUCGGAGCAGCAUGCAGCUUUGACGCCGCGGUCGCGACAGCAACAACAACAGCAGCAGCAGCAGCGUGCUGUUUGCGGCCCCUUGGAUGCCUUGCUCGUGAAUGCGGUGGGAGGCGAGGGUACCGGUACCUCCGGCGAGGAUGUGCGGAACAUGCCGGAUCCCCUGUCCGCCUCGCCCACCACCUCACCUCGGUCGUUAACAUCGCCUAAGCGGGAGCAGCUACUUCUCUCCCGGCCUCUGUCCGCCAGCCGCCUGGCACGAGGGGCGACUCAGGCGCCGGCGCCGCUGCAGGUCCCAGAGGCGGCUGGGACAGAGCCGCAGGGCAGCUGGGGGGCCCUAUUCCCGCAGCGUCAGGAGCUGCAGCAGGGGCGCAUCCGGCGGCGACGGCAUACCGACGCGCAAGCCCGAAGAAGCAGCGAAGACGCUGGUUACGGCGGCGGCGGCGGAGGGUUUGGCGUCGUCAACAGGUCGUCGCCCAGACCUCCCUUCUUCAUGGGGGUGCAACCCGGCUCACCCGUGUUUGCACUGCCGCAGCCGUCGGCCUUUCAGGUGGUGGCAGCGGCGCAGGCGGCGGUAGACGCGUCAUACGGCAAAGACGGUAGCGGCGCCGCCGCCGCCAUCGUCGCUAGUGAAGACGGUGGCGGCGGCGGUGGCGGCGACGUCGCCUUGAGCCGGCCUCCCAUGUGGUCCGAUGACUAUGUGGACAUUGACCUACCGUCGGCGCCUGACGGCGCGCCGGCAGUACGGCUGAACCGCACGGCAGUGUUGCGGUUGCGGUCGCAGUACGCGACGGAGAUGGUGGCGGCGGCGGGUGCGGCGCUGGGCCUGGGCGGCAGCUCCGCCGCGGCACAGGAGGUUGCGACGAGGGAGAUGCUGCUGCAGCUGUCGGCGCAGAGUGCUGAGGCGGCUGCGCUGCGCCGCCGGCGGGGGCUCCACGCACAGCCCUCUGCUCUGGCUGUGGAGGAGGGCAGGAGGUCGUCAACCAGCGGUGGGGCUGCGAUGGCGGCUGCCGCAACUCCUGCAGCAGCAACAGCAGCAGCAGCAGCCAGCACUGCACAGGCCAUUGCUUCCGGUGCUGCGAAUGGACUUGUGCGGCCUGUGUCGGGCAAAGCAUCUCCCCCAGGGUUGAUGCUGCCCUCGGACGUUCUCGCCCUGGGACGCAAGCUCCGAAACCUGGCAGUACGUCAUCAGGUACCGGAGACGUUAGCCGCGACCCGUGGGUCAUCAAGCACAUCCGGUUCGAGACCCAGCACUGCGACUCGUAGAUCACCCGUUGAGGGUGAGGCGACACGCAGCAGGACUACGGGAGGCAGCACGGCGGCACGGCCGUACGAGCAGGGCCGCUCCUCAUUCACAUCCGCCUCUUCCAAUCCCGGUCGCGUAAGUCGGGAGGGUGCAAUAACACCGCCUCCCCCCACUUCCCCCUCGGCUGCAACCCACGUGCCCCCACGGGCUCGGUCCGCUUCCACCGGAGGCGCCUCGCGGCUGGUCCGGGGAGACAGCGCGCUGCGGCCGCGCUCUGCUGCAGCACUGACGUCGUCGUCCGGUCGUACGGCACCUUCAAUCGUGUCGCGUGUACGGCAGAUGGAUGGCGAGGAGGUGGCGAGCUGCUUGUCGGCUGCACCCAUGCUCAACUCGGCGGGGCUGAGUGGCAGUGGACCCAUACCGUUGACGCGGCCGUACUCGGCGGCGGCUGGGUUACCGUUACCGUUGCGGCCAACGGUUGCGUACGGCGCUAUGGGUGCUGCUCGGCAGUUUGGGUUGAGUGGGUUGGUUGGCGUGCUGCCUCAACAGCAGCGCAUUGGAACAGCGGCUUAAGGCUGGAGUUUGGUUCGCUUUGGGGCUUUGGGUGAAAUUCGCAUAUGGAAUGACCAGUUGGCUUGUGGUGUUCCAAAUGCAGUACAGUACAGCAUUGACGACAGGACCAUGUACGGUAUCGGAUCGAAAAGGACAUGUCGCCUUGUUUACGUGGAGGACCACAUUAGGGAACUGCGAUGAACUGCCUGUGGGUGUCCAUGUCGCCCCUUGUGCAGGCUUUGUUUGGUUUCGAAUGUUGUUUGCAUGGACUCUCAAAGCAGUUGUUGACGGGCACAUCCUGACUCGGCAUCUGCAUAGCCGCAUGCGGUACCCAAGACUUCUGUACCAGCUUGGGUUGGCGUCCAUUCGCUGUGGAAUUUUUUGACGCGACUGCACCUACUGAUGUGGAAGUGCGUGCAGGCUGCGGAGUAAACGUUGUUAUGGCUGGCAGUGUGUUUCUGCGGGGCUGCAACUGCUGGCGUGAAGAGUGGACGCAGCGGGGUGUUGACCAAGCUUUGCAUGACCUCCCAGGUGGUUCGGACGCGGCAUACUUGGAGCGAUAUCCAUGUCAAGCAAGAAUGCAAGCGUGUAUUCUUGCGCUGAGUAGGCGUCUAGGAUUGCACGGUGCUCUAGUUUGCUGCAGAGCACUCAAUUCCAUGGCACUGGCGAGCGAAGCCAGUCGCGGCUCUUGGGGCUUGCGGUCAACGACGACCAUAGGCUGACAUGUUCGAUACUAGCGAUGGGGUUAAUACUAUAUUAAUAGGAGCAUUGGCAUUUCCCUUGUAUACUGACAUGUAUGAGUCAGAAUGGACUUACGGAGGGCAGUCGAAGUUUAAGCGUUCCAUGUCAGAGAAAGUAUCCGCUCACUGGGGCUCUUAUUUACUGUAACAGGUUAAACUUAUAAAGUCCUGACGUCACGUCUCCCAUCACUGAAGGCGGUGGUUACAACAAAAAUAUCUCGCAACGUCGAUACGGCGCUGACUGAUAACUUUGACGCCCACUUUGUCACCAUUGCUACCGAUAAGUGUCUUGGCUCUAAAGUACUCCUACGCACAGACUACAGACAUAGGCCAGUGCGUCAUAGACAUUACCCCUCAAACCCUUGCUACGCCUGCUCCUGCUUAAAGAAGCUGCAGCUUGCAAUCAAAAAGGGUCAAAUGAAAGGCUAUAACACUAAGAUUACCACGCAUACCUCACAUCACAGCCUCAGCUGCCCGAACCGGUUACCACUCCGUCAACGCCCGAAGACCGAACCACCAACAGCGACCUCCUCACCCAGCCCACCUCCUACCCACAACACCUCCUCUUCCCCAGACCCCUCUCCGCACUCCCAAGCCCCACCCCGCACCUCUCCAUUCCUCCCUCCGUCCGUCCCCACCACGCCUCCCAAGCCCUCGCAUGCCUCCUCCUCCCUCCACUGGUCUCGUCGCGCCGUACUCCUCAGCCUCCCUCUGACCUCAUGCGGGCUGCUGCCGGCCGGCUGGAACCCCCUGGCCCCCUCCCCCGCUGCCGCCGCCACUGCUGCUGCGGGCACGAGUCGGCGGCUGCGGUCUCUGUCCUGGUCAGUUCCCAGCGAGCUGACGGUGCUGAACGAGCUGGACCGCCCCUUCAAAGUCUACUGGCUCAACUACGACGGCGAUGCGGAGUUGUUCGGCUCAGUGACCCCUGGGUCGGCCCUCACGCUGCGUACCUUCGAGUCGCACGCCUGGCGCUUCGUGGACACCGCCUCGGGCGCCACACUGGCGGAGCACGUGGCGGCGGCGGGACAGCAGGUCGUACGACUGGCGACCAAGGCGGCGGCGGCGGCAGCGGCGGCGGGAGGUAGCAGGAGUACGACAGGACCCGGCGGGUCGUCCACGUCAUGUACGACAUAUACGGCAGAUCUGCCUCCUAAGACCGCGGCGGCGCCCCAGAUGGCGAAGAAGAAGCAGGAAGAAGAGCAGAAGGAGA